CUAAGUAUUCUAUCAACGUCCCUAGCAAAAUGACGAGACAAAAGGUAGUUAUCAAACUAUACAUAAAUGGGAAUGAUCAGAAAUCUCGGACCAAAGCCUUCAAGAUUGCUGUUUCUCAACCAGGGGUGUUAUCGGCAGCUAUACAGGGAGGUGGAUUUGAAAAUUACUAUUUAGAAGUAGUGGGAGAGUAUAUUGACGCCGCAAUUCUUACCAACUCCGUCAGAAAGAAAUUGGGUCAGGCCCAAUUGGUGAGCUUGGGGCCUGCAACACCCCAAGCUUCACCUGCGGCGACUCAGUGGCCGCAGCAACCCUAUAGUUACCUUGGCGUACCUCAACACCAAGUUUACGAAGUUACAGACCCGAAUCCAGAAUGCUGCUCCAUAAUGUGAAUGUUAAGUAAUUAAUUGGAUUUAUUUAUAUUUGUAAAACUGUUUGUAUAUUGGAGUUAUUGAUGAUCUAGCUAGCUAGAUUGAUUACCUGUUUUGAUUUUAAUAGUGGACUUUGGCCUUUUGUAAUGAAAG